GAAUCCGGGCAUCAGGUGCGCUAUCGCCAAGCUGGACGUGAGCAGGGCCUUCAAGACGCGGCUGAUUUUGGCAGCGCUCUACCUGGACAUGCGGUGGGUCUCAAUGGCAGGGUGAAGAUGAUCUAUGGGGGGUUUCCCUUUGGUUGGUGCGGCGCUCCUGGCGAGUACAUGGCUUUCGCUUUGGCAGGCCGAGCAUACCACGAGAGCUUCCGCCCAGCCGAGCCGGAGAUCAAUGGGCCUUCACCUUUCUCAUCGGAGUGGUUGAUGGACGACAGUGUGGUGGUGGAGCCUCUUCUGGGGGCAAGGCCUUGGCUGGCCGUUGAAGCACUGGGCCACUCAAUCAAGACCAUCUUGGGAAAGGAUGCCCUCAACCUUGAGAAGCAGAUCGAGGAGGGGACGCCCGCGGUGGAGCAGAUCGUCUGGGGGCUCUACAUAAACGUGGAGUCCAUGACCAUCCGCCUUCCCGAGCCCAAGGCCCUUAAGAUGCGCUACCUCUUAGCAUUGCCGGAGUUGCAAAAGGGGUCGAGGCAGGUGAAGCUCAAGACAGCGCAAGAGCUAAGAGGGCUGAGCCAAUAUGUGGAGGAUGCUGCUUCGACGGCCCGUGCCUGGGCCAGUUGGGACGAGACGCUGGAGAUCAUGAGGGUAUGGUUUGAGGCACCUUACGGGGGGCACCUUCGAGGCCAAGCAGAUCGCCUACGCUGGAUUGGGGGUGAUGCCACACCGAAGGUGGUGGGAACGCUGGACUGGAAGGACCAAUGCUACAUGCGGGAGGAUGCGGAGGCCAUGCUGAAGGCGCUCGAGGUUCGCUACCACUUCAAGACGAUCGCCUUCUACAUUCGGACCUACCACAACUUGACCGCAGACUGGCUCAGCCGAGAGACCAGGAAGGUGGUGAUCGAACACAUGGAACUACAAGGUUGGUCCUGUGUCGACGCCAUGGAGAAAUGGGAACACUACAUCCGGGAGUCCAUCCAGGGCAUCUACAGGUGGCCUGGAGGGGAGGCUGUGUAUGACCCGGGGUCCGAUGCUAAAGAGCUCGCCGGUCACCACUACAGCCCCAUGAUCGGCAAGGGGUUGGGCGUUGAGUUGGGCGCAGGUCGGCUUCCUUGGGCCAUCACCUGGGAGCGGAUUGGAGGCACAGUUCGGCGGGUACAAAGCAAAGGAAGCAAGGCCGACGUGGCACUGGAACGGGCUACGUUGGGAGAGUUGGCCGAGCUUGGGACGACGGAAGAACUGACUUGGGCCUUUGCCUCGAUUGCUGAAGACAGCUGGGGGGGAUCGCAGGCCUACCUCAAGAAGUUUGUGCGGGAUAACCGCCCACAGAACAUCCUGAUUGAUGUCGCGCCCAAUGGACCUCGGAAGGCGAUUCGGUCCAGCCUCGCGGAGUUUGGCUAUGAGGUCGAAGAGCUGGACUGUAUCACAUCGCACUUUGGAGCCACGGUGAGCCACCAGCAUUCAACGGUCACUGGACCCCCACACACACUGGCGGUCAAGCCUAAAUGGCUCGACGAAAAGGUGAUGAUCCAAGUGAACAGCAAGAUCGCUACUACGGGAGACCGGAUGAUGCCAUGGCCAGCUGGGCACUACAUGCUGGACGGUGAGAAGGUGCUCCUCUAUGACAUCCGUGGUCCUGCCUUGACGUUCAGGAAGGGUCACUCCAUGGUCGUCUUUGACUGCCGGCGAAAGCAGAGUCAGGGCCGGGCAAUCACGGCUGAAGAGGAGUGGCUCCUCAAUGGGGGCCGCAUCGAAGAGCUACGUGUCUUGCGGGAGCAUGCUGUCUCGGAGGACUACAUCAAGCGGGAUGCGGCAAUGAAGUUUCCCCAACAAAGUGCACAUCGCUGGGUGGCCUGGAUGGAGCGUUGGAGGCAGGAGAGAGUCACGGCACUGGAGAAGGGCGACAAGGUGGGCAUGUGCUUCGACCGAGACCGAGCGCAUACAGAUGCGCAGGUCAAUGCUUGGAUGAGGGCAUGGCGUGGGAACCACAAGAACCCGCGCCAAGAAUAUGAAUCCUGGCUCAACAACGACAAGUCGGAGGAGGGCCAGCGAGUUGCGGGCCGAGGACGCACAGCCAAGGGGAGGAGCAGUUCAGCACCACCGGACAACCUCGUCCUGCCUAAGGCUUUAGG